AUGGAUGCUACAACAGAAAUGAAACUCUUCAAUUCAAGUGAAAAGAAAUUUGUUCAUCUUUCUUGCAAUAUGUACAUCGACUUGGGUGGCAGCGUUUCAGAUAAAGCUCCUAGAAUGGCACAUACCAGUCCUGUUAUACAAGGAUUUAAAGACAUUCUUCACGUGAACAUACCCAACUGGGUGUUGGAACCUUUUGCAGGUGAAUAUACCGACUGGGUGUUGGAACCUUUUGCAGGUGAAUAUACCGACUGGGUGUUGGAACCUUUUGCAGGUGAAUAUACCGACUGGGUGUCGGAACCUUUUGCAGGUGAAUAUACCGACUGGGUGUUGGAACCUUUUGCAGGUGAAUAUACCGACUGGGUGUUGGAACCUUUUGCAGGUGAAUGUACCGACUGGGUGUUGGAACCUUUUGCAGGUGAAUAUACCGACUGGGUGUUGGAACCUUUUGCAGGUGAAUAUACCGACUGGGUGUUGGAACCUUUUGCAGGUGAAUAUACCGACUGGGUGUUGGAACCUUUUGCAGGUGAAUAUACCGACUGGGUGUUGGAACCUUUUGCAGGUGAAUAUACCGACUGGGUGUUGGAACCUUUUGCACGUGAAUAUACCAACUGGGUGUUGGAACCUUUUGCAGGUGAAUAUACCGACUGGGUGUUGGAACCUUUUGCAGGUGAAUAUACCGACUGGGUGUUGGAACCUUUUGCAGGUGAAUAUACCGACUGGGUGUUGGAACCUUUUGCAGGUGAAUAUACCAACUGGGUGUUGGAACCUUUUGCAGGUGAAUAUACCAACUGGGUGUUGGAACCUUUUGCAGGUGAAUAUACCGACUGGGUGUUGGAACCUUUUGCAGGUGAAUAUACCGACUGGGUGUUGGAACCUUUUGCACGUGAAUAUACCAACUGGGUGUUGGAACCUUUUGCAGGUGAAUAUACCAACUGGGUGUUGGAACCUUUUGCAGGUGAAUAUACCAACUGGGUGUUGGAACCUUUUGCACGUGAAUAUACCGACUGGGUGUUGGAACCUUCUGCACGUGAAUAUACCAACUGGGUGUUGGAACCUUUUGCAGUUGAAUAUACCAACUGGGUGUUGGAACCUUUUGCAGGUGAAUUUACCGACUGGGUGUUGGAACCUUUUGCACGUGAAUAUACCGACUGGGUGUUGGAACCUUUUGCACGUGAAUAUACCGACUGGGUGUUGGAACCUUUUGCAGGUGAACAUACUCAUCUGAAAUAUUUACAAAUGAGGAACUUCAGGCAAUGUUUCAUCAAGGAUACCACAAAUCUGCAUUACGGGUCAUUGUAA